AUGAUACGUGAAAUAAUACUUGAUACUGAAACAACCGGUCUUAACGCUGAAUCAGGUCAUCGAAUUAUCGAAAUAGGAUGUGUGGAAUUAAUCAAUCGCAUUCCAACAGGUAAAGUAUUUCAUCAAUAUAUUAAUCCUGAAAGAGACAUACCAUAUCACUCCUUCAAAGUUCAUGGAAUCAGUGAAGAAUUUGUACAAGAUAAACCAUUAUUUUCGGAAGUAGUAUCUGAGUUCCUGAAUUUCAUAGCUGAUGAUAUUUUAAUAAUUCACAACGCUACAUUUGACAUCAAAUUCCUUAAUAUGGAAUUAGACAAGGUAAAUGCUGAACCAAUCUCCUUUGAGAGGGUGGUAGACACACUACAGCUAGCAAGAAAGAAAUUUGCAGGAUCUCCCGCUUCUCUGGACGCGUUAUGUAAGCGUUUUGAUAUAUCCUUGGAAGACAGAGAGCUCCAUGGAGCGCUGGUUGAUGCUCACCUGCUAGCUAAAGUAUAUGUUGAGCUUACAGGAGGAUUGCAAACACAUCUGUUUGAAAAUAAGAAUGAACAGGGUAGUGAAUCUGCAUCUAAACGGGACCAUAAAACACAUAAUCUAACUUGUAGAGAAUAUCAACCAAGUAGUGAAGAAAUAGAUGCUCAUCAGGAACUGUUAAAACAGAUCAAGAAUCCUCUUUGGAAAAAAGAAAUUGAACAAGCGAACUAG